AUGGCCAAUAACUCUUGUCUCAUUAUUGUCUCUCUCAUUGGAGUUAUUUUGUUCACUAUCAUUUCAAAUGUGGCAUCAUCUAACGACGUCGUUUUCACCAUUUGUCCAAAAACUUCAAACCCGCCAUUUUGUUCAAGUAUGUUGAAAUCUGCAGGCACUACAGAUUUAAAAGGCUUGGUUGUAUACACCUUAAACCUUGCCCAUAGAAAUGCUCGCAAAUCUUUGACCUUAGCCAAGUUACUUGCAACAACCACCACAAAUCCUCAACUUAAGCAACGAUAUUCGUCUUGUGCUGAGAGCUAUGAUGGAGCUGUUGGUGAUAUUGAAAAUGCCCAAAAGGACUUGGCCAUUGGUGACUUUAAUGGUGUCAAUAUUGUAACUUCUAGUGCCAUGACAGAGAUUGACGACUGUCAUGAUAAGUUCGUGCAACCGCCAAAGGAUACGUCGUUGCUUUUGAAGAAUGGCAAGACUCUAAAAGACAUAUGA